AUUCUGUCAAAAAGCGAUUCUUGACGUUUUGUUGGUGACCCGUUGCUGUUUGAGGUUAUAAUAAUCGAAAUAUUUACUUUACUUAUUUCUUGCUCAUUUUUACAAGAACAAUAGACAACAUUUCAUGAUGAUGGCCGCACCUCCACAGGCACUUGUUAACCGUAACAAGAAACAUUUUCUGGGAGUCCCUGCACCACUAGGUUAUGUUGCUGGUGUUGGUAGAGGUGCUACAGGAUUUACGACACGAUCAGAUAUCGGUCCAGCCAGAGAUGCUAAUGAUGUUUCGGAUGAUCGACAUGCACCUCCCGCUGCCAAACGAACGAAAAAGAAAGAAGAAGAGGAAGAGAAAGAAGAAGAAGAAGAUUUGAAUGACUCAAAUUAUGAUGAAUUUAGUGGAUAUGGAGGGUCACUAUUUUCCAAGGAUCCAUAUGAUAAGGAUGAUGCUGAAGCGGAUGCAAUUUAUGAAGCCAUUGAUAAAAGGAUGGAUGAGAAACGUAAAGAAUAUAGGGAGAAACGUUUACGGGAGGAAUUGGAGAAAUAUCGACAGGAAAGGCCAAAAAUUCAGCAACAGUUCUCCGACUUAAAACGUGAUCUCAGUAACGUGAGCGAAGACGAAUGGAGAAACGUUCCCGAGGUGGGAGAUGCACGUAAUAGAAAACAGCGGAAUCCUCGAGCCGAAAAAUUUACGCCGUUGCCAGACAGUGUAUUGUCCAGAAACUUUGGAGGUGAAUCGACCAACACCAUAGACCCAUCGUCGGGAUUAGCAAGCAUGGUACCAGGAGUGACAACUCCAGGAAUGCUUACUCCCACCGGCGACAUGGACUUGCGAAAAAUCGGUCAAGCUCGCAAUACCCUCAUGAACGUAAAAUUGUCCCAAGUUUCUGAUUCGGUGACUGGACAGACUGUUGUCGAUCCCAAGGGUUACCUGACAGACCUUCAAUCAAUGAUCCCAACCUACGGUGGCGACAUUAACGACAUAAAGAAGGCUAGAUUGUUACUUAAGUCUGUUCGUGAAACCAAUCCUAAUCAUCCGCCUGCUUGGAUUGCUAGUGCCCGAUUGGAGGAAGUUACAGGAAAGGUUCAAGCUGCAAGGAACUUGAUAAUGAAAGGUUGUGAAGUCAACCCUCAUAGCGAGGAUUUGUGGUUGGAAGCAGCCAGAAUAAAUCCCUCUGAUACAGCUAGAGCUGUCAUUGCCCAAGCUGCUAGACAUAUUCCUACUUCAGUUAGAAUAUGGAUCAAAGCUGCCGAUAUUGAAAUAGAAACUAAAGCGAAGAGACGUGUUUAUAGAAAAGCUUUAGAACAUAUACCAAAUUCCGUCAGGUUAUGGAAGGCUGCUGUGGAGUUAGAAAAUCCAGAAGAUGCGAGAAUAUUACUUUCCAGAGCUGUAGAGUGCUGUCCGACUGCUGUAGAAUUGUGGCUUGCUUUAGCGCGUCUAGAAACAUACGAGAAUGCUAGGAAGGUGUUGAACAAGGCUAGGGAGAAUAUUCCAACAGAUAAGCAAAUCUGGACUACAGCUGCAAAAUUGGAAGAAGCCAAUGGAAAUCAUCACAUGGUUGAAAAGAUUAUUGAAAGAGCGAUCACGUCAUUGAGUUCUAAUGGUGUAGAGAUCAAUAGAGAGCAUUGGUUCAAAGAAGCUAUAGAGAGUGAGAAAGGGGGUCAUGUCCAUUGCUGUAGAGCAAUUGUUAAAGCUAUCAUUAGUUAUGGAGUGGAACCUGAAGACCAAAAGCACACAUGGAUUGAAGACGCCGAAAAUUGUAUUACUCAAGGAGCCUACGAGUGCGCUCGAUCCGUCUACAACCAUGCCCUUGCUACCUUCCCUGGAAAGAAAUCCAUAUGGCUUCGAGCUGCCUACUUAGAGAAAAAUCACGGAACUCGAGAAAGCUUAGAGGGCUUACUACAAAGAGCUGUAGCUCAUUGCCCAAAAAGCGAAAUUUUGUGGUUAAUGGGAGCUAAAAGUAAAUGGUUGGCUGGAGAUGUUCCAGCAGCUAGAGGGAUUUUAGCUUUGGCUUUCCAAGCUAACCCCAACAGCGAAGAAAUCUGGCUUGCUGCAGUCAAGUUGGAAUCUGAAAACCGUGAAUAUGAAAGGGCAAGAAGGCUGCUGGCGAAGGCCAGAGGCUCUGCGCCCACGCCCAGAGUCAUGAUGAAAAGCGCAAAACUAGAAUGGUCCCUAAAUGAUCUCAAAGCGGCACAGAAAUUAUUAGAAGAGGCUUUGAAGGUCUUCCCAGAUUUUCCGAAAUUGUGGAUGAUGACUGGGCAGAUUUAUGAACAAGAAAACGAACUCUCUAAAGCUUUUGAUACAUAUAAUGCUGGGAUAAAAAAGUGUCCCAACUCCAUUCCUCUGUGGGUGUUGUUGUCUAAAUUGGAGGAGAAACGAGGACUCUUAAUCAAAGCAAGAUCCGUUUUAGAGAAGGCUCGCCUCAAAAAUCCCAAAAACGACAUGCUGUGGCUGGAAGCAAUAAGAAUUGAACUCAGAGCUGGAAUGAAGGACAUCGCAAAUGCAAUGAUGGCCAAAGCAUUGCAGGAGUGUGCGACGUCAGGACCUUUGUGGUCUGAAUCAGUUUUCAUGGAAGCUAGACCAUCACGAAAAACCAGAUCGGUGGAUGCCCUUAAAAAAUGCGAGCACGAUCCCCAUGUACUUCUUGCCGUUAGCAAGUUAUUCUGGUCGGAACGAAAAAUUAGUAAAUGCAGAGAAUGGUUUCAGAGGACUUUAAAGAUAGAUGCCGAUUUAGGUGACGCGUGGGCUUAUUGGUACAGGUUUGAACAACUUCAUGGCACACCUGAACAACAAGAAGAAGUUAAACAAAGGUGUUUAGCAGCAGAGCCGCAUCAUGGAGAGCUUUGGUGUUCAGUUUCUAAAGACAUUAAAAAUGUGGGGCUUAAUACGGAGCAGAUCUUAUCAACAGUGGCUAAAGAAGUGGUCAUACCUGUUUAAGCUAGAAUCUUGUGUUGAUGUGUCAAACGUCGUUAGACACAGAAUUUUUUUUAAUUGGGUGAUCUUUACAGACGUGGAUGUAGAUAUUAAGAAAAUACUUAACAUAAAAUAAUUAUAGAUUGUUCCCAAAAGAAAUAUAAAUAUAUGUGUAGGUUUUU